AUUUUCACUAUAAAUACCAUUAGUUUGCGAAACACUUUCGUUUGCCACCAAUUGAUCCGAUUAUCCAUUCAUUGAUUGCUGUGUUUGUCGCCAAACCUAUGUCUCACUCAACGGUCUCUUAGUCUGCGAACUGAGUGUCCAAUCGUUGUUGAGUUUUCUCGCAUUUGAACCCAUUUUUGAUGAAUUGAUUUGUGAAGAGAUUUGAAGUGUUUGUUGAUAUCGUGAUGAAGUGACUAUGAGUUCAACCGUUAAUACAAACGAUAAUCAAAUAAACUGUUUGUCUGUGAAGUAUGGCUCAAAUGUGACCACAAAUGAGACAUCGAUUGUGUCGACCAAUGGAGUGUCCAAUGCCUGCAAUCCAUCACAUAAUAAGUCACCGCAGAAGACAAACAGCAGCCGAUUCUCAUCGUUGGCUAAGAUUUUUAAGCCGUGGAAGUGGAAGAGGAAGAAGAAGAGCGAGAAGUUUGAGAACACUUCCAAAGCUUUGGAGAGAAGAAUAUCAAUGCGAUCGACAAAAGCAGAUCUCAUCCAAAGAGGAGUACUUUUACCCGAAAAAAACGAAACGACAAAAAGCGGAUUCAUUUCCAAUAUGAAUGGUGUGAAAGACUAUGAUUUGGCGAACAAAGAAGUGGUUCAGUCAUUGCCCACAACUGUGACCAUCACUUCAGGAAUUACUUGUCAAACGUCUAACUCAACCACAGAUAAGGUGUCGACGACAUCCAAGUCUGUGAUUCCCAUAUCAUUGAGCGGUUAUCUGAAGGGAGCGAUCGCCACACCUUUGGUGGCCAUCGCGAAGAAUAACCAUCACUUCGGCAACUCAUCCAUCAAUAAGAAGAGGACAUCUUUAGACAACAAGACCGAGAAGAGUGACUCGAGUCCUGUGGUUAGCGAUAACCACAGACUUAAUAAGAGUGACGACAAUAGUAUUCAAUCAAACACUAAAGAAACAAUACAUAUAAUAACGUCAACCACUGGUUCGUCGAUAAUAUCGGACAACUCGUCAACGAAUAGUGAAUUGAAAAACAAUAAUAAAGUGAACAUAAACUCUAUAAAUAGUAUGAAUAAUAGUGUAAAUAAAUGUGUUAUGCAAUUAAACUCAAAUACAAACCACGCGAUGAUUAAUGAGCUUCAGUUCAGUGACAUCGGACCCAUACCUCCGCCCCGAAUGUUCUCGGAUUCCGUUCACAACACAUACAACACUAAUAACAUUAGCUUUGAUUCCUCUUUUCAUAACUACAAUGAAGACAACGACUCGUCUAUGGAUUUGAGUCAUAAUGAUAUCAAUUAUCCACAAGAAGUGCCACAAAUGUCUUCUCUGCCAAUAUGUGUAAUUCAUAGUCAUUUGGUGAACGAACCCAUCACUACAGCCGAGGAGGUGCCCACCAAAGAGCCACAGCUGUCGGCCAUCCCUAAGAAAAGUGCCCUCAAGAAGGCCAGAAUCACCGCCAAUGACACUGACAGCCAAAUGGCUAAUCAACCGCAGGUGUCGGCGCCCAAUCACACCAACACUUCCAACACAGACACCUCUUCUCCCGUACUCAUCAGACCUCAACCCACGCCUCGAUAUACAUAUAAUUCCAUACAACAGAUGCCGAUGCAGAUUGUGGUCACAUCUGCACAACACAACAACUCACCCCUCACUGACCAAAACCACACCUUUAGUUCUGUCAUGUCAAAAGUGCAUCACUUCAAUAACUGCGGAAAUUUUGGUGCAGAAAACAAAGAGAAUCAGCCCUUCAAUCAACUAAACCAUAGGACUAAACCUCCCAUUGAAUGUCCGCCAAGAAAGAAGCCGUCAAUUGUUUUAAGCCACGAAUCAGAUUCAGACGAUGACAGCGAAAGCAAUAUCAAUUGGAGAGACUAUUACGGCGACGAUGAACAAGGACGGGUCGCCGCAAAGAUUGCCCGAAAGGAUUCAUUGGCCAUAAAAUUGGCGCAAAGGCCUGACAAACAGGAAUUGAUUGACAAAAACAUAAUUCCUGUUAUGUCUGAAAAUGAAAGACUAGACACUCGAGAGGCGAUCGGAACGAAGCUCUCGCGACGGCUAAGCCUUAGGCCAACGGCUGAAGAGUUGGAACAAAGAAAUAUUCUGAAACAACAGACGGCCGACGAAAUGCUUAUGGAUAAGGAAAAGAAGAAACAAACUCUCAUUAGAAAAUUGAGUUUUCGACCGACGAUUGAAGAGCUGAAGGAAAGGAAAAUCAUUCGUUUCAAUGAUUACGUGGAAGUGACUCAAGCCAACGACUACGACAGGAGGGCUGACAAGCCAUGGACUAGACUCACACCUAAAGAUAAGGCAGCCAUUCGUAAAGAAUUGAAUGAUUUUAAAAGUAUGGAAAUGGAGGUCCAUGAGGACAGUCGUCAUAUGACUCGUGAUUCUGUCGACAACUAA